UACAUUGUCCAUCUUUUUCUGCAAGAGCUCCUCGACCUUUCCCGAGACCCCCUAGACUUUUGCUCUGCAGGGCCAGUGGGUGAAGAUAUGUUCAAAUGGCAGGGACUUAUGCUGGGGCCAAAGGACAGCCCCUACCACGGAGGAGCCUUCUUCCUUAGUAUCCAAUUCCCGAGGGAGUACCCUUUCAAACCUCCCAAGAUUCUAUUCAAAACCCGAAUUUACCAUCCGAACGUAAAUCGUAAAGGCCGUGUCAGCCUGCCCAUCCUUAAUUCCCAGUGGUCUCCUGCACACACACUUUCAAAAAUAUUGCUGUCGAUCAGCGCCAUGUUGUGUGAGCCCAGACCACAAGAUAUCCUAGUUCCAGAAAUGUGGAAGAUGUACAAAAAUGACAGGCCAAAGUAUAAUAUCAUGGCUCAAAAAUGGACGAAGAAGUAUGCCAUGUAA